AUGGCGGCGGCUCUGUCGGGCCUGGCUGUCCAGCUCUCGCGCUCGGCUGCCGCCCGCUCCUAUGGGGUCUUCUGCAAGGGGCUGACCCGCACGCUGCUCAUCUUCUCCGACCUAGCCUGGAGGCUGCGCAUCAACUUCCCCUACCUCUACAUCGUGGCUUCCAUGAUGCUGAACGUGCGCUUGCAGGUUCAUAUUGAGAUCCAUUGAAGGUCCUCCCCUGACUGGCAAAGGUGUGACCUCAGGCUCCUUACAUCAAAGACACAAAGCAUGAGGGAAG